GCACUGAAAAAAUUCGAAAGGCAACUCGAGCAGCUCAGCUGGAUUCUGUUUGGCUGUUGAAUGAGAUGUCUUGUGCUAGUGGUGGGAUGGCUCGAGUCAUGCAGACCAGGGCCUAGGCCAGGGAUGACUGUUUAGUGGUGGCCGCAUCGUGUGUUGUAAUCCUCGAUUGGCGACGUGGAAGUGAGUGGCCUGGCCGCGGGAUCCAUUAUGGAGAAGUAUGCAGUGCCCACGGAAGACCAAGGCCAGGAGUCCAGUGACUCAAUGGAUGAAGAGCAACUCUCCAUUGCAUCUGAAGCCCCUGAGCCAGAGGUGAACCAGAAGCAUCAUCGAGUCAUGGAGCCAAAAAAAAUCAGUAGCAAAUCUAUUGCACCUCUCAAUAUCAAGGCCCCUAAAGGACGGGUUUCGUUCAGGAAGAACGCUGAUGGAACCGACCCGCUGGGGGAGCGUCGCAACAAUUGGCGGAGGUGUAAAGUUGAGAUCAAAACGCUGGAAGGAAGCUUCUCUGUGCCUAUGUGGGCUCCACAAAGAAAAGAUGGUGAUGGAGAGGAAGUAGCAUCUUUCAGCCAGGCUGGUGGAGAUGGCCAUAUGGCCGAGUUCAUUACGUUUGACCAGAAGAAACCAUUGAAAGUGACGAUUGGACCUCGCACAGUUCCGUGCCUUCACAAGGGCUGCAAUAAGUUCUUCCAGGAUAACACCGCUAUGCGCAAGCACUUGCACAUUCACGGGCCACGAGUGCACGUGUGCGCAGAGUGCGGAAAGGCUUUUGUUGAAAGCUCUAAGCUGAAACGCCAUCAGUUGGUCCACACAGGGGAAAAGCCUUUCCAGUGUACAUUUGAGGGUUGUGGACGUCGUUUCUCACUUGACUUCAACUUGAGGACGCAUGUACGUAUUCACACGGGUGACAGGCCAUACGUCUGCCCGUUUGAUGGUUGCAACAAGCGAUUCGCCCAGUCCACCAAUCUCAAGUCGCAUAUCCUGACACAUGCACGGCCAUCUGACAAGUCGGGCGAGCCUGCACAUUCAGAUGGCGAAGGCAAGGAGGGUUCAUUGAUGGCUGCCAGUGAUGUCCCGGCAUCGCCCUAGGCAGGUUGUGCUUAUCGCAGACACGCCCUUGGCGAUACGGACGUCUUUAACUUCGUGUUACCCCAGCGCGCAUCUGCUUCGUGCCUGCCAUAGCUACCUUAACGGUCCUGUCCUGUGUUGAAAUCUCUGCCGGCAUGGUACCUGUAUAUGUUAUUGUGUAUAUAUGUCUACCUUUUUAUGUGUUUUUUUUAUCUGAUCUUUUCUGUAAAUACAACAUUGUGCAGAUCUUUUAGCACACUUGUAAAUAGUUUAACCUGUACAAAACAUUAGGUGUUCACUCGCCUUGCUGACUCAAUUCCGCCCUUGGAGUUUCGCUGCCUCGCUCUCUUCUACAUUAUUCUGUCUCGCCUUUGGUGCAUGCCCUUGUUCGUCUGCAGUACAGCCUACCCGAAUCCUAGCGUGCUGCUUGACCCUAGACUGGUGCAUGUCGUUUUCUGUUGGCGUUUGUUUUAUUUAAUUUUAUUUCUUUCCAGAUUUUGCUGAGAAUCCUGCAAUCUUCGA